AUGGAGCCUUUAAUGCCUCGGGUUUGGUCGAGGGUUUUCCGGCGUCUCCAAAGAGCCUCGCUGCUCCUCAGGUGGAGUCACGCGGGCUGCGCCGAGCACGUCACGGUCCCUGCCUCCAGUCACCGCGGCCACGUCAGACCCGCUGCCCUGGUCUCCAGACUCUACCAGCCGUCCAACCUGCGUGACGUGGGGCAGGACAGUCGUCUGCAGGCAGAAAUGACCUGCAAGAGUCAGAGGCUCAUGCAGCAGGCCGGCCUCAUCCACCCGUCCAGCCCAGGGUGCUACUUCUACCUGCCCGUCACUGUCCGCUCCAUGGAGAAGCUGGUGCGACUGAUCGACCAGGAGAUGCAGGGGAUUGGAGGACAGAAGCUGGACAUGCCCAGUUUGUGCUCCGCUGAACUCUGGAAAACCAGUGAACGCUGGGAUUUAAUGGGAAAGGAGCUGUUGCGUCUCAAAGACCGCCAUGGCCUCGAUUACUGCUUAGGUCCCACACAUGAAGAGGCAGUCACGACUCUGGUCGCACACCAGGCCACUCUCUCCUACAGACAGCUCCCUCUGCUCCUUUAUCAGAUCACAAGGAAAUUCAGAGAUGAACCAAAGCCAAAGUUUGGUCUUCUUCGAGGGAGGGAGUUCUACAUGAAAGACAUGUACUCAUUUGAUGUGAGUGAAGAAGCCGCGCAUCAGACCUACGAAUCUGUGUGCCAGGCUUAUCAUCGCCUGUUCACCCGGCUCGGCCUGCGUUGCGUUCAAGUGCAGGCGGACACUGGAAACAUUGGCGGUAAACUCUCUCAUGAGUUCCAGCUGCCGGCAGAAAUCGGUGAAGACCGGCUUCUCGUGUGUGGGAACUGCUCCUUCUCUGCUAAUGUAGAGACCAUUUCAUCUGACACAACUCACUGCCCACAGUGCAGUACUGGCACACUGGUAGAGUCAAAGGGUAUCGAGGUAGGACACACAUUUUACCUGGGGAAGAAGUACUCCAGUAUAUUCAAUGCCACCUUCAGCAACGCCCAGAACAAGUCUAGCAUCGCAGAGAUGGGCUGCUUUGGUCUUGGAGUUACCCGUAUUCUUGCUGCAGCCAUUGAAGUACUGUCAACAGAGGAGGGGAUCCACUGGCCAGGGCUCAUCGCCCCUUACCAGGUCUGUGUUGUCCCCCCAAAGAAGGGCAGUAAGGUGGACGAGGCCGCAUUGCAAGCUGAGCAGCUGGUUCACACCCUGGGAGAGACGCUCCCUCACCUGAGAGGUGAGGUUGUUCUUGAUGACCGCACGCAGAUGACCAUUGGAAAGCGGUUGAAAGAUGCCAGCAGACUGGGCUACCCAUAUGUCAUUGUAGUAGGGCAGGGUGCCCUGGAGGAAACGCCCAGAUACGAGGUGAUCUGUCAGCAAACUGGAGAGACAGUGUUUCUCAGUAAAGAUGGACUCUUAGGUUUACUAGAAAAAGUAGAAACUAUCUGAAUAACAACAUCACUCUUUAUGUGGGAAUAGAGGGUUUUGUCUUAUGUGGAUACGAGAACUGGAUUUUUCUGUUGGUUUGCUUUUAUAUUUUCCAAAAUCAUAAAACCUGUAAUUUGCAUAAAUGUUAUGUAAUACAAAAGCUUGUUGAUGUACUUUCAUCAUGAUAGAUCCUCAUGCUGGUGAUUGAAUUAAAUUAAAUAUCUCAAACGAA